UUGCUUCAGCUCACAUAUGGGGAGACAAAAAUGUCAGCACAGAGCUAAAGAGCUCUUGAAAAGCUAUGCCUCAUCUCCUACAGAAAUCUUCUACCUCCUCACCCUCACGCUUCUCAGCCUCCUCCUCCCGCUCUCGUUUCUUCUACUGGCCAGACUCUCCGGCGCCCAAUACCAUCUUCAAUCCCUCAUCACUUGGUACCGUUCGCCAAACCCGCUUCCCUAUUUCUUAUAUCUCGCUCUCCAUGUCAACCCUGCCAUUCUCUACGUUCUCGUCUCAUUUGUCAGCGUGGCCACUCUGAUCCGCGGCUUGACCGGAAAAAUCACCCUUUUCAGCGACUCAUCUACCUCCGUUGACCGGCCUCGUCUCUUCACCGCGUGGGUUCUCCUCUGCACUUUCCAGGUCUGCGUUGGUCUGGGCAUUGAGGGGAGCAUAGCGGCGGGACUUUAUGACUCUGAUUCGAGUUUUGGGGUGGAGCGGAGUUUGCUGAGCAGAGUGAUUUUUCUCAUGGGAUUGCACGAAACGAUGCAGCUUUGGAGCAGAGGGGUGGUGAAGCCGGUUGUGGAUGACACGGUGUUCGGCGGGGUUGACAGAAAGGAAAGAUGGACGGAGAGGGUGAUCAUGGCGGCCAGCCUGGGUGGUUUGUGGUGGUGGAGGUUGAGGGAAGAUGUGGAGACGUUGGUGGUUAUGGCGGAAGCAAAGAAAGAGCAUUGGAUGGAAGUGGGAAUGGCGGAUUUCGUGGGGUGGUGGUUGUAUUAUCUGACCGUCACGAUUGGGAUGGUGAGGGUGGUGAAGGCUCUCAUGUGGAUGGCUUCCCUUUGUCUGCGCGGAACAAGCCCGUCGGAGAUUGCUCCGGUUGAAUCCCGCGACAACGAUGACAAGGUGUAAAUUAAUUUGAUCCAUUCUAAAAUUUUAUUUCUUUUCUCAAAUGAAUUCUUUAUCUGCCCGUCCACAUUUGACAUCCUUCGGACGUUAUAAUAUUGAAAUUCGCUUUUGCAAAUGCAAUAAAUUUGCAUACAGUCGUGGCUCUCACCGGGAAGGUUCAAAGGCACAGUUUUUUUUU